GUGACAACCCUUCCAAUCUACUCAGAGCAACCCUCUCUCUCCAGCAGAGAGUGUCACCUCCUGCUUUAGAUCAUCAAGCUCUGCUAACUGGACCUCACCCUGCCUGCAGGGUUACACUGCAAAGCUUUCACCCUUCUCCACCUUGUCUGGGGGUACAUUUCUUCUGCGGAAUCUCAGAAAAUCAAAUUCCAUCCUAAGAAUAUUUCACCAAGAAUUUCCUUAGGAGCUGUGCUGGGGUCCUAUGAUGAUACACCAGCCACUUGUGCUACCACCUGUCAAAACUAUGGAUGGUCCUACCUUCAGGUCAUGACCCUGGAUUUAAGAAAUUUUUCAAGACAGUUUUGAGUAUAAUCCAAGAGAAAAUGUGAUUGAGUCUGGAGACAAUUGUGAAUAUCAGCUAAUAAUAAAAGCCCAGUGUAGCUGACUGAAGAGAAAACAUUAUUUGGAAGAUCACUACAAUAAAAAGUUUCUUCUAGUUUGAUUUAUAUUAUAUAGCAUAUUUCAUCUUGGCUUUAAUGAUGGAGAAAAAGUAUAUCCUUUAUUUUCUGUUUCUCUUGCCUUUUUUUAUGAUUAUUGUCAUAGCAGAAUCAGAAGAAGAGAACCCUGGUGACUUAAUUCAGCUGGGUGUUACUAGAAAUAAAAUCAUGACGGCUCAAUAUGAAUGUUACCAAAAAAUUAUGCAAGACCCUGUUCAACAAACAGAAGGCAUUUAUUGCAACAGAACCUGGGAUGGAUGGCUGUGCUGGAAUGAUGUUGCUGCAGGAACGGAAUCAAUGCAGCACUGCCCAGAUUACUUUCAGGACUUUGAUCCUUCAGAAAAAGUUACAAAAAUCUGUGACCAAGAUGGAAACUGGUUUAGACAUCCAGCAAGCAACAGAACAUGGACAAAUUAUACCCAAUGUAAUGUUAACACACAUGAGAAAGUGAAGACUGCACUGAAUUUGUUUUAUCUGACUAUAAUUGGACAUGGAUUAUCUAUUGCGUCACUGCUUAUCUCACUUGGUAUAUUCUUUUAUUUCAAGAGCCUAAGUUGCCAAAGAAUUACCUUGCACAAAAAUUUGUUCUUCUCUUUCGUUUGUAAUUCUAUUGUAAUAAUCAUUCAUCUCACUGCAGUGGCCAACAACCAGCCCUUAGUGGCCACAAAUCCUGUUAGCUGUAAAGUGUUCCAAUUCAUUCAUCUUUACCUGAUGGGCUGUAACUACUUUUGGAUGCUUUGUGAAGGCAUUUACCUACACACGCUUAUUGUGGUGGCUGUGUUUGCAGAGAAGCAGCACUUGAUGUGGUAUUAUUUUCUUGGCUGGGGAUUUCCACUGAUUCCUGCUUGUAUACAUGCUGUUGCCAGAAGCUUAUAUUACAAUGACAACUGCUGGAUCAGUUCUGAUACCCAUCUCCUCUACAUUAUCCAUGGCCCAAUUUGUGCUGCUUUAUUGGUGAAUCUUUUUUUCUUAUUAAAUAUUGUACGUGUUCUUAUCACCAAGUUAAAAGUUACUCACCAAGCAGAAUCCAAUCUCUACAUGAAAGCUGUGAGAGCUACGCUUAUCCUGGUGCCAUUACUUGGCAUUGAAUUUGUUCUGUUUCCAUGGCGACCUGAAGGAAGGAUUGCAGAGGAGGUGUAUGAUUACAUCAUGCACAUCCUGAUGCACUAUCAGGGUCUUUUGGUAUCUACAAUUUUCUGCUUCUUUAAUGGAGAGGUUCAAGCAAUUCUGAGAAGAAACUGGAAUCAAUAUAAAAUCCAAUUUGGAAACAGCUUUUCCCACUCAGAUGCUCUCCGUAGUGCAUCUUACACAGUGUCAACAAUCAGUGAUGGUGCAGGUUACAGUCAUGACUGUCCAAGUGAACACUUAAAUGGAAAAAGCAUCCACGAUGUUGAAAACGUUGUCAUAAAACCGGAAAAGUUAUACGACUGAUAAUAGAGCGUGUACUGCUGAACUAUUUUGUUCCACUCCUAACUCAAGGACUUGGAUCCAUGACUUUACAAUCAGAAGACUUCAAUAUUAAAUGAAAUAUUUGAAGGUGACAAAGAAAACCCUCACGUGAAUUCAGUAGUGUGUUGAUAAAUGUUUCACACUAGCUCCAUGGGGGAAAACAGUCCUGAUUUGUAAUUUUUGCCAGUUUUUAUGGUGUAA